GGAAUUUGCAUCAGCGCACAUGAUCUUGUGAGAUAUUGAGCAUUACAAUAUUUUCAAUUUGGAAGUGAGACGACUUUGUCAGCCUUCGAGAUGGCAGCUUUGGGAGCUGUGAAUCGACUUUUCUUAUGUAAGUUUGCCAAGUCCAGCAGCAGCAAUGUAAGCUUGUGUGUAAGUAGAUGGCAGUCGACGGCAGCUGCAGCAGCCUUUGCUCGGCAGCACUCCCCAGACGUACAGGAGAACAGGAAACCGAAGACUGGAAUUCUCAUGAUGAACAUGGGUGGGCCAGAAAAGCUUGAUGAUGUCCAUGACUUCCUCUUACGACUCUUCUCAGACCGGGACCUCAUGCAGCUUCCCGUGCAAGACACACUCGGGCCCUUUAUCGCUAAGCGCCGCACCCCAAAGAUCCAGGAGCAGUACAGUCGGAUCGGGGGUGGCUCCCCCAUUAAGCGGUGGACCACCUUGCAGGGCGAGGGCAUGAUCAAGCUGCUAGAUGAGAUGUGUCCAGACACAGCACCACACAAGUUCUACAUUGGCUUUCGCUACGUGCACCCACUCACAGAAGAGGCCAUUGAAGAGAUGGAGAGAGAUGGGGUGGAGAGAGCAGUGGCCUUCACCCAGUACCCCCAAUACAGCUGCUCUACCACAGGAAGCAGUUUAAAUGCUAUCUAUCGUUACUAUAGCGACAAGAAGGACCGACCCAAGAUGCGUUGGAGUGUUAUUGACCGGUGGCCCACACAUCCUCUGUUGGUUGAGUGCUUUGCCCAGCACAUACUGAAUGAGCUGGAGAAGUUUCCCGCAGAGAAGAGGGAUGAUGUGGUCAUCCUGUUCUCAGCCCACUCGCUGCCCAUGUCUGUGGUGAACCGAGGUGACCCAUACCCUCAGGAGGUUGGUGCCACUGUGCAGAGGGUCAUGGAGAGGUUAGAACACUGCAAUCCCUACCGACUUGUCUGGCAAUCAAAGGUGGGCCCUAUGCCCUGGCUGGGCCCUCAGACAGAUGAGGUGAUCAAGGGCCUGUCCCAGCGCGGCAAGAAGAACCUGCUGCUGGUGCCCAUCGCCUUCACCAGUGACCACAUCGAGACCCUCCACGAGCUGGACAUAGAGUACUCCCAGGUGCUUGGGGAGGAGUGUGGGGCGGAGAAUAUCCGGAGAGCAGAAUCUCUGAACGGAAACCCUCUCUUCUUCAAGGCUCUCGCUGACCUGGUCCAGGCGCAUCUGAAGUCGGACCAGCCCUGCUCCCGCCAACUCACUCUCCGCUGCCCUAUGUGUGUGAACCCCACCUGUGGGAAAACCAAGGCCUUCUUCGCCAAUCAGAAGCACUGACCUCUGACCUUCUCACUACACCCAACCCCCUCCU